CAGCGCCCGAACGCGGAACUGCGGAAGCUCGCGGUCCUGUGGAAGGUGACCAUGGAAGCGGAAGAAGCGGAGGCGAAAGCGGCCACUGCGGCGACCCCCUGGGGCGGCCUCUCGAUCGAAGCGUUCAAAAAGCACACGGCGGCCUCAGGUACUUCUGGAGUUCGUGUUGUUUUUGUGCGAUUGUUAGUUUCAUCAUCGAUCUUGACGUCCAAUUUCUUGAAUUUGUAUUCGGUACGAGUACUCUACUAUGCUGGAACUUGUUUUAUUUGUUCGCUCAAAUGCUUGCAAUGGAUUGAACUUCUCGUCCGAAGCCACUACAUACAAAAAACAACAUCAUAAACAGUGUCGCGCAUGUACCAAGCAGAAACCGGUCUUCGUCCCGAG